AUGGCCGCGGCUUCAUCGCUCCUCAGCGGCUACUCUGCUUCCCCUGCUCUGGCUGUCCGGGCUCCGCAGAGCAUCACAGGAUCUUCUCCCUUUGCUAUUUCUCUUCCGAGGAGGGGAGUUCUCGCUAUGUGCGAUGCAUCGAAGUCCGUGUCCACGGAGGUCCCCAAGGGGAAGGGGAAGCCGAGGGGGAUAUCCCAGCCCAGGCCAAUCUCCCAGGCAAUGCAGGAACUGCUGGGAGUUUCUGAGAUACCGCGCACACAGGCGCUCAAGCAGAUUUGGGCUUACAUCAAGCAGCACAAUCUCCAGGUAUCGUUUUCUUCCCCCGAUGAUUCCUCCUAUCUUAAACCCUAUCUCCUCUCUGGUUUCCCGAACUUGGUCGUUCGUAUCUUUACCCUGGUCGGACCACCGUUUGGACUGAAAUAUCUGCUGCCUCUUUUACUUAAUCCCUUCAUUCUUAUAGGCUUUUCGGAGCGCCAUUAAGUUUUUUUAGGUUCAGGGCUGAAUAUAUUACCAAUAAAUUUAGUAUCUGAUGUUUUGUCGCUAUUUGUUAGUUAGUAGUGGACGCUGCUUGCGCAUUUGUUUUAGUAUGUGUUUAUCUAUUUGCACGUGUUUGUAUUUCCUCCACGCUGACCGACUACUUCAAAAUAUAUAUUAUCGUUCAGGAAUCGAAUAAAUGCUUCCUCUUGAUCAUGUUGAUGGCAUCUUGUGCUUGUCUUCAUUACCAUAAUAUUUCAUACAUUGGUUUGUAUUUAUCGCGAUGACAGGGUUUAGCUUGUUGGUCCUUCUUUAAUAUUUUUUCAUGAUAAAAUUAGUAGACUUGGUAGCCUGAUCUGUCAGCCGUAUUAGGCCGAAAGCUCUGCUAGAUGGUGGCUACAUAAAAUUUACCAAGCGACCAUUUCCGCUGGAUUGGUUUCCAAGAAUCGCUCGAUUAUUUUAAGGUUUCUACGGGCAAACCUAGUCGGAGCCUUUUUUCCAAACUUUGAUUGCUCUAUUUUAACACUAAUAAUUCUCUCUCUCCUCGCACUCCAUAGUCUUUACCCAUUUUUUAUUAAAUAUAGAAUUUAUCUUACUUUUGGAUGCUGAGAAAGGGCAUUAUUUCACGCUCAGAGAGAGAAGAUGCAGAUAUUUUUUUCAUGCAGGUGUAUUCUCAUUAUUCGGGGUGUAGGAUUAACUUGGAUUUUGUGGAAACUAUGCCUUAAUUUACUUGUGCAUCUUUAACGCUAUUAACGCAUUAUUUUCUUGGGUGCUUCUAAUUUUAUCUCUUAAAUGAACUGUUAUCCAUUAUCUUCGAAGUUAUAUAAACCCGGAAAAUCACCUCAGAUCAAUCAUGAGGUGCCGUUUAAAUGCUUAAUUUCGACCCCCUUUGCGAUGUGAUCAAUUCAAAGUUGAGAUCAAACUCUUGCGUCAGGCCUGUGCAGAAAAAAGACAUGUUUUAGAGACAAUUAUCCAUGUGAAUUUUCAUUAAACAUGAUGCUUAAUUUUGAUGUUAUUAUCGCAUACCUGACACCCGGCAGUGAUAUCCAACCUAUAAUUGUUUCCAUCAUUGGAUAUUGUUGUCAAAAAUGGUACGUAAAUUUGUAGUAAUUACCGGAUUGUCCGCCUAGGUGCUUCUAUUUUUAGCUUCUAUGUGAACUAACAUGGAUUUUCUUCCAAGCUAUAUAAUACUGAACUCUUUCUUGAGAUUAAUUCUGGUUUUCAUGAACGUACGUUUUAAGAAAGCAUGGUAUUCAACCUGAUUUUUUUUCUUACCAUGCAGGAUACGGAGAACAAGAAGAUCAUCAUCUGUGAUGACAAGUUGAAGCGCAUCUUUGGUGGCCGAGACCGUGUUGGAUUUCUCGAGAUCUCAGGGCUGCUUAAUCCCCACUUCAUGAAAUGA